AGAGCGCGGGGGGCGGGGAGGGGCAGCGCCCGGGCGGCGCGCCGAGCGCGGCGAGGCGGCGGGUGUGAGCAAGAGCCGGCCGCCUCCGUCCCCCUCGCUUUGGUGCGGCUCUCCGCUACGCUGCUUCCGCCCUCGCCGCGCGCCCCCGCCAGCGGGACUCCAGGGAACCCCCGGCGCCCUCGACGGGGCCGAGGAGUCGGGACUCGGGGAGCCGGCGCUGAGGGAGGAGCCUGGUCGGAGCCGCGGAGCCGAAAGCUCCGGAUCGUGGAGGUGGGGGGCCGAGGCCCCUGAGGGGGCCCCGCCGCGAUGGGCAACCUGGAGAGCGCCGAGGGGGGCCCGGGAGAGCCCCCCUCUGUCCCGUUGUUGCUGCCGCCCGGCAAGAUGCCGAUGCCUGAGCCCUGUGAGCUGGAGGAAAGGUUCGCCCUGGUGCUGAGCUCCAUGAACCUGCCUCCAGACAAGGCCCGGCUCCUGCGGCAGUAUGACAAUGAGAAGAAAUGGGAUCUGAUCUGUGACCAGGAACGAUUCCAGGUGAAGAAUCCUCCCCACACUUACAUUCAGAAACUCCAGAGCUUCUUGGACCCCAGUGUAACUCGGAAGAAGUUCAGGAGGAGGGUGCAGGAGUCAACCAAAGUACUAAGGGAGCUGGAGAUCUCUCUUCGCACCAACCACAUUGGGUGGGUGCGGGAAUUUCUGAAUGAUGAGAACAAAGGCCUGGAUGUAUUGGUGGAUUACCUGUCCUUUGCCCAGUGUUCUGUCAUGUUUGACUUUGAGGGUCUGGAGAGUGGUGACGAUGGUGCAUUUGACAAACUCCGGUCCUGGAGCAGGUCAAUCGAGGACCUGCAGCCACCCAGCGCCCUGUCGGCCCCCUUCACCAACAGCCUCGCUCGCUCUGCGCGCCAGUCUGUGCUCCGGUAUAGCACUCUCCCUGGGCGCAGGGCCCUGAAGAACUCCCGCCUAGUGAGCCAGAAGGAUGACGUCCACGUCUGUAUCCUUUGUCUCAGAGCCAUCAUGAACUAUCAGUACGGAUUCAACCUGGUCAUGUCCCACCCCCAUGCUGUCAAUGAGAUUGCACUUAGCCUCAAUAACAAGAAUCCAAGGACCAAAGCCCUUGUCUUAGAGCUUCUGGCAGCUGUGUGUUUGGUGCGAGGAGGUCACGAAAUCAUCCUUGCUGCCUUUGACAAUUUCAAAGAGGUAUGCAAGGAGCUGCACCGCUUUGAGAAGCUGAUGGAGUAUUUCCGGAAUGAGGACAGCAAUAUUGACUUCAUGGUGGCCUGCAUGCAGUUCAUCAACAUCGUGGUGCACUCGGUGGAGGACAUGAACUUCCGGGUCCACCUGCAGUAUGAGUUUACCAAGCUGGGGCUAGAGGAGUUCCUGCAGAAGUCAAGGCACACAGAGAGCGAGAAGCUGCAGGUGCAGAUUCAGGCAUAUCUGGACAACGUGUUUGAUGUCGGGGGUUUGUUGGAGGAUGCUGAGACCAAGAAUGUAGCCCUGGAGAAGGUGGAGGAGUUGGAGGAGCAUGUGUCCCAUCUCACAGAGAAGCUUCUGGACCUAGAGAAUGAAAACAUGAUGCGGGUGGCAGAACUAGAGAAGCAGCUGCUGCAGCGGGAGAAGGAACUAGAGAGCAUCAAGGAGACAUACGAGAACACAAGCCACCAGGUGCACACCCUGCGGAGGCUCAUUAAAGAGAAGGAGGAGGCCUUUCAGCGUCGAUGUCAUUUGGAGCCAAAUGUCCGGGGCCUGGAGUCUGUGGACAGUGAGGCCCUGGCCAGAGUAGGCCCUGCAGAGCUGAGUGAGGGCAUGCCACCCUCCGACCUGGACCUUCUGGCUCCAGCCCCACCCCCUGAGGAGGUCCUGCCUCUUCCUCCACCACCAGCUCCGCCCUUGCCCCCUCCACCUCCCCCAUUACCAGACAAGUGUCCCCCAGCCCCACCUCUCCCUGGUGCUGCACCCUCUGUGGUGUUGACAGUGGGCCUGUCAGCCAUUCGAAUUAAGAAACCUAUCAAGACCAAGUUCCGGCUGCCUGUCUUCAACUGGACAGCACUGAAACCCAACCAGAUCAGUGGCACUGUCUUCAGCGAACUUGAUGAUGAGAAGAUCUUGGAGGACCUGGAUCUUGAUAAGUUUGAAGAAUUAUUCAAGACAAAAGCGCAGGGCCCUGCCCUUGACCUCAUCUGCUCCAAAAGCAAGACAGCGCAAAAAGCUGCCAGCAAGGUGACUCUGUUGGAAGCCAAUCGUGCCAAGAACCUGGCCAUCACCCUACGCAAGGCUGGCCGCUCGGCUGAGGAGAUCUGCAGGGCCAUUCAUACGUUUGACUUGCAGACACUACCUGUGGACUUCGUGGAGUGCCUGAUGCGCUUCCUGCCCACAGAGGCUGAGGUAAAGCUGCUGCGGCAAUAUGAGCGUGAGCGGCAGCCCCUGGAGGAGUUGGCAGCUGAGGACCGCUUCAUGCUGCUCUUCAGCAAGGUGGAACGGUUGACCCAGCGAAUGGCUGGCAUGGCCUUCCUGGGGAACUUCCAGGAUAACCUGCAGAUGCUCACACCGCAACUCAAUGCCAUCAUUGCGGCGUCCGCUUCCGUCAAGUCUUCACAGAAGCUGAAGCAGAUGUUGGAGAUCAUACUUGCACUGGGGAACUACAUGAACAGCAGCAAGCGGGGAGCUGUGUAUGGCUUCAAGCUCCAGAGCCUGGAUCUGCUGCUGGAUACCAAGUCCACUGACCGGAAGAUGACUCUGCUUCAUUUCAUCGCCUUGACAGUGAAGGAGAAAUACCCAGACCUGGCUAACUUCUGGCAUGAGCUGCACUUUGUUGAGAAGGCUGCAGCAGUGUCUCUGGAGAACGUGCUGCUGGACGUGAAGGAGCUGGGCCGGGGCAUGGAGCUGAUUCGGCGUGAGUGCAGCAUCCAUGACAACAGCGUCCUCCGGAACUUCCUCAGUACCAAUGAAGGCAAACUAGACAAGCUCCAGCGGGACGCCAAGACGGCUGAGGAGGCCUACAAUGCAGUUGUGCGCUACUUUGGCGAGAGUCCCAAGACUACACCUCCUUCUGUAUUCUUCCCAGUAUUUGUCCGAUUCAUUCGUUCUUACAAGGAAGCAGAACAAGAGAAUGAAGCCCGCAAGAAGCAGGAGGAGGUAAUGCGGGAGAAGCAGCUGGCUCAGGAAGCCAAGAAACUGGAUGCCAAGACCCCAUCCCAGCGGAACAAGUGGCAACAGCAGGAGUUAAUAGCAGAGUUGAGGCGGCGCCAGGCCAAGGAACACCGGCCUGUUUAUGAGGGGAAGGAUGGUACCAUCGAGGACAUCAUCACAGUGCUGAAGAGUGUCCCUUUCACGGCCCGUACUGCCAAGCGGGGCUCACGCUUCUUCUGUGAUGCAGCCCACCAUGAUGAGUCAAACUGUUAGCCCCCAAGGUUGGGGCCCAACAGGCCUCCACUGCCAGCCUAUGGUUGUUCGCCACCAAGCCAGGAGUGCUGCACCGCCCAGUGGUCCCCCUCGGGCUCCAGGCCCCCACUGAGACCCUCUCGGAGGCAGAAGCACUUCACCCCUCAGAGUCCUACAAGUCCAACCAGUGGACCUGGAAUUGGCCAAGGGCUCAGGAGAGGGCUGUGUUGCUCUCUCAACCAUGUCCGCCCCAGCUCUUGAGGCUGGAUCUUUCUACUUGUGCCACUAUAGGCACUAGGUCUGUAGGUCCCUGGUGCUUCCAGUACUGCACUUUGCCCCCAAGGUCUUUGACUUCAUUUCCUGAAGGGUCACCAAGGGUCAGCUCAGGGCUAGGAAAAACCAUUUCCAGCCUUAGCCUAAACAGGGCACAUAGAUCUCUCCCACUAGAGCCCAGAGGGAUGAGAGGAGAGAGCAACUGUUCUUUCUUUUUUUUCCCCUUCCUUUUUGCAGGCCCAUGGUCAGCUCUGGUCUAGAUGUAUCUAGGCUUAGGGAGCCCUGGGACCCUGCCAGUCUCAGUUCAUCUCUUACCAGGAGCAAGGCCCUCUGAAGCAUGGGCCGUGCCAGCUGUGCCCUAGUGAUAAGGGUAAGAGGAGAGAUGUCAGGCUCACUGCCCUUAUUUCUCUGCCCAUUUCAUUCUAGGCUCACACUGUCCUUGUCAAGGUGGGCAGAAGAGCAGAGGUCUUCUCUGCACCAACCACUCUCUGCAGAUGGCUGGAGAAAGGGUGUGCCAACUCACCUUCUUUCCUCAGCUACGGUUUUUUUUUGGCAGGGGACAAGGAGCAUGGUGGUCUUGGCUAUUUGCUUACCUUCCCAUUUCUCCUCUGCCCCUGGAAGGGAAUGUGGGGGCCCACUUUUUUGUACAUGUACCACCUCCCUUUCCUCUUACUGUACAUAAACCUCAGACUCUUCCCCCUCUCAACAAAGGCUUGAUGCACCA